GUCAGAGCCGGCGAAGCUUGCCGUUUCCGCCGUUGGAGGUAAGCCUUAUCUCUCUUUCUCAUCUCCUUCUCCGAUUUCCAACUCUCAGAUAAUAGAUUGGCGGUUCAUGGAUCCCAUUGUUUGAUUUCGGAACUGUGUUAGCAGCUAAUAACCUAGACUAUCAAAUCUGAUACAUUGGAAUUUAUAUUUGGGCUAUUGACGCUGAAACCGAUCUUAUGAAUCAUCCUUUCUUACUCACCAUUUUGUUUCACUGAUCUUGAUAUGUUCAUUUGAUCUGCAAAGAAGAAACCUUUGAACCUAAACCUAUACAAUAGAAACAUGUUUCUUGAAAUUAUUUUUAUGUUAAGCACUAAUUUCUUGAUAAUCAGUCUUAUUCUGAGAUCUUGAUCUCUUUGCAUUGGAAUAUUAUCAAUGUUUAGUAGAUUCGCUAGCUAAAGUUUUCGUCUUUUUUUGAAAACACAGGAGAGUUUUUACUGUUGCUGUCCUGUUGACAUUUUGAGACAUGAAAUGAUCUUGGGUUGAUGUUUGUAUGGUAGCAGAGGAAUAGUAGUCAUGAAGCUUAUUUCACUUGUUAGAAACGUUCGUUCUCGCCAAUGUCAACCGGAAGUAAUCUGGUCUGUGCAAGUUCGUUUCUUGCAGCAAGACUCUGUCUCGAAAGCUAAACCCAAGAAAUACAAAUACCCGUCAGUUUAUGAUCCGUAUGGUCCUAGACCCCAGCCUUCAAGCAAAAUCAUGGAGCUAGCUGAGCGUAUAGCUGCUUUAUCUCCAGAAGAAAGAAAACAGAUUGGUCCUGCACUCAAUGAACACCUGAGGCUUCCAAAACAACAGAUGAUUUCAUCGGACGGCAUUGGAGCAAAACAAGAUACCGGAGCUGGGAAUGUAGAGGAGAAGAAGGAGAAGACGGCUUUCGAUGUGAAGUUGGAGAAGUUUAAUGCAUCUGAUAAGAUCAAAGUGAUAAAAGAAGUGAGAACGUUCACAAGUUUGGGUCUGAAGGAAGCGAAAGAGCUUGUGGAGAAAGUCCCGGCUAUUCUUAAACAAGGUGUGACAAAGGAAGAAGCUAAUGAAAUCAUAGCCAAGAUCAAAGCUGUUGGUGGAAUCGCAGUUAUGGAGUAGGUGACUUUUGACACUUCGAUUGUUUUUUUGUUUGAUUCACUAUUUGGUAUUGUGAUCACAUCUUGGUACUUAAGGUAGAUGUUUUGUAAUAACAAAUCGAUUACUUGACAUUGAGUUUUCAAGAACUUUGGUCAAUUGUU